AUGGGUUCAAUAAAGAAAUUUUUUGGUAAUCCCGGUGAUCGACCUGGGGUUCGUUUUCAAGCAUCCAUCCCAGAUCAGUUAGUUCCUACUAAUGUAGAAAUUCUUGAUGAUGAAAAAAAUAAUAAGAAAACUAACGUUGAUUUGGUUCAUGAUAUUCCUUUAACGAAGAAUGAUGAUAUUACUGAAAGUACAACAUGUUCUUUAUCAGAUGGCUCCACUACAGUGGAAUUAAGUAAUUUCAAGAUUCAAUCAAAUAAGACUUUCGAUGUUAAUAAAAGUUUCACAGGGUUACAUAAAGGUUAUAUGGAUUUGGUCCUUGAUAAACUAGUCUUUUUUGCAGGUUCUAUCGUUGCAUUCUUUUGCGUUUGGGUUAUUUUAAUCAUUUGGGUCAUUAUUGGGGCCAUAUAUAACGCUCCAUUCAAUUGGCAAGUCGUUAUGCAAGAUGGACAAUCUAUUCAAUGCUAUAUAUGGGAUACUCUGUUGAUGAGACAGCAACUUUGCAGUAGUCAUGAACAAUUGUUAGUUUGUUGUAAUUUAAGAUCAAAAUUGGACACUUUUAAAAGAAUGGUGAAAGAAAUUCAUGAAAAAAAUUUAGUACGUCAUGAUUAUAAUGAAUGUGAAUCAAUAAUUAUGGAUACAGAUAUUACAUCUUUAGACCCAACAAACCCAACGGUGGAAAAAUUGGAUUCAAGUUGUCCCUGUCAGGAUGAAGAUGUCAUUGAUCCAGCAACAUUGGGACAAUUACCUGUUGAAAAUUGGUAUGAUCGAGUUUCAAACUAUUCUUCUAUUAUUGUUGGCUCUUUAAUCACAAUGGGGAUCUUUUGGAUUGCUAUUGCUGUAUGGAUUGGUUGUGGUGCAAUCCCUCAGGCAGGUGAUACUACACCGCCAUUCACUGGUCAGUAUUCAGGUUCAAACCCCAAAUAUAAAAAAUUUAGUGACGCCUGGCAAAUGGAUAUCAACACUGCAGUGGCUGUUUCUUUAUUGAUUUGUACAACUUUUUUACAAAAUAUUAGGGCAAGACAUGAUCAAUUUAUUGCAGGUGUCCUAGUUGAAAUUUUUGAAAAAGAUGAACGUAUUGAUAUUAUGUUAAGAACAAAAUUAAACGAUUAUUCCCCUCAUAAAAUUAUUGUCAUUCCCGAAGCUAAGAGAACUUGGUUACAAAAGGUCAUUGAUUGGUAUGCAGAUGUUAUCGGAACAGGUAUCGGUGUUAUCGUCGCCAUCAUUGUCUUCGGUGUUUGGAUCGGAAUCGGGACCCCUAUGAAUUGGGGUGAUGAUUGGUGGUUAAUCAUAGGUACUUAUACUGGUUUAGUAGGCUUCAUCGAUGGUUAUGUCCUAAGAGAAGUUUAUUAUAGAUCAGUCACUAUUGAAGAAACUAAUUAUACUGAGGUCAUUGCAGAAGAUUUAGAAUUAAUGCAAAUAUUAGGUAUUUCAAAUCCUCGAGAUAUGAUCAACUCAUUAGAAGAAGAAAACGCUAGAGUUACAAAGACUUUAAACUAUAGAAUAUCAGCAUUUGUCAAUAAGAUAUGUUCUGAUCAAUAUAGUGUCGUAUGUGGUUUCUUAAUCGUUAUUGCAUUGAUCUGCAUUUCAUCUGGUAUGAAAUGGAGUACCACUGGUCAACUAAUUGCUAAUACACCUACUAUGAUCAUUGAAGAAUUCUUCUUGAUCGUCCUAAUUCAAGCUCAUAACUGGGCAGAUGUCCAACGUAGAUUGGAGAUAUCUACUAUAUUAGCACACAGACACAUUAUCGAGUAUCAUAUUUCUAAAGUGUUGGCAUAA